UCCAAAGCUCCCAAGACCGACACCUCUCCCAAAGCCGCCAAGGCCAAGGGCGGGCGCAAGGGCCCCAAGACCAACCUCGCGGCGGGCGCGUUCAAGGAGCGUGCGCUGCCGCUGCAUAUCAACAUCACCCACACCCCGCCCGUGCUCGACGACGAGGGCACGGUGACGAUCGCGUCCCAGGACCCGGGAUUCGUCGGCACCAGCACGCUCCUCCCGGGCACGUUCGCGACCGGCAGCUACGGGUGGAAGGGGAACAAACGCUUCACGGUCGAGAUCAACAACCCAGACGGAGGCGGAAAGGAGAAGGUACAUGUUAUGUUAACGAUGAACGCUACUGUGAUUGGCAGCAAGGACGCGAAGGAGGACGAACCCGGUGAUGCUGAGGCCACGGCUGCAGAUGAACCCAGCGACGAAGCCAAGGAGGCUAUGGAGGAA